AUGGCGUCCAACAAGCUUGGCAAGAUGGCCGGAUACAUCAACUACCGGAUGCGUGUGACGCUGCAGGACUCGCGCCAGCUGGUUGGCCAGAUGCUCGCCUACGACCGACACAUGAACCUCGUCCUCGCCGACACGGAGGAAUUCCGCCGCAUCAAGCGCAAGCAGACCAAGGCGGCGGCUCCCAGCGGCUCAUCGGCCGGCCAGACCGUGGUCCAGGAGGAGAAGCGAACGCUGGGCCUGGUGAUUGUUCGUGGCGCUCACAUCAUCUCUCUGACUGUCGAGUCACCGCCUCCCGCCGAUCCUAGCGCUCGACUUGGCAAGACCACCACCGGCGGAAUUGCCUCGACUCUUCAGGCUGGUCCUGGCGUUGCUCGACCUGCCGGACGUGGUGCUGCCGCCCCGAUUUCUCUCGCCGGCCCGGCUGCUGGUGUUGGUGGAGCUGCUCCCCCUCCGGGAUUCCCUUCUUUCCCUGGCGCUCCCGGCGCUCCUGGUGCUCCUGGAUUCGGUGGACGAGGUGCUCCUCCUCCUGGCUUCCCUGGCCAGUUCCCUCCUCCUGCUGGUUUCCCCGGUGCUCCUGGCUUCCCUGGCGCCCCAGGCUUCCCUCCUGGAGGCCCUCCUCCUCCCGGAUUCAACCCCCCUCCUCGACGAUAA